UAAAUGGGAGUACAUUAAUUCUACUGCUCACAUCACCGACCCAUCUUCUUCCUUGACACUUUGAAGUUUGAAGGCCUUCUCCAGAUUUUCGUUUUCUUAGGAUUUUCCAAUCCUCAUCUUCCUAAUAAUUGAUUACUCCUAAUUAAGUGAAACAUUAAUUAUGAGUAAUCAAUUACAUCAGGAAGAAGAAGAUUCGUCUUUGUUGGUUGCUUUCUGGCUUUGUAGCUCCGAAUUCCUCCUCAUGAUAAAUUGAUUACUCUUAAUUAAGAGAAACAUUGAUUAUGAGUACUCAAUUAAAUUAUGAGGAAGAAGAUUCGUCUUUGUGGGUUGAUUUCUGCCUAUGUGUUUUCGAAUUGGGCUAGGUAAUUGAGUAGACGCCGAUCUUGCCUCACCCGCACAAUCCAGCGAUUUCAGUUAUGGCUUGAGUAAGACAGGGGCUGCAAUCGAUCGUUGAGUAUCAUAUUGUCCUGCAACAAAAACUCUGGUACUUUGUGAACCUUCUGAAGUUGUACUGUCAUUUGGAUAGCUGGCUCUUGAAAACUAAGAAUUACUAUGAAUAAGAGUACUAAACUUUUCACUAUAAGCUUUACUAAGCUACUAUCUGAUAUCAUCAACUGGUAUGGUUUGCCACUACCACUGUACAAACAUUACCAUAAGCAACGACGACAACAAUAUGUAGCAAUCAUAAAACUGAGAACUACACAAGAUGGCCCGACAAUAAAAAUCAAAAGCCAACGUUCAAAGGAUUUGGCAACAGCAAAGGAGCAUGCUGCACAAAUAGCCAUACACAAAUUAAAGGAAUCCUACCAAUUUGACAUAGCUGACUUCAACUUAGAUGCCAUCCGCCAUGAAAGAAAAAAACGGCGUGUAGCAGACAUUAAAAGAGUAAAAGAAGAAAUGAGCUUUGAACCUUAAAGCACAAUUAUAUGGAUGUUUGUGAGGAAAAUACGGCCCUAAUACAAGAGCUACGUUGGGCCAAGAAUUUGGGAUACGUCUUACAUUAGAAAUCUAGAAUGAGCUGCUGGUGUUUUGUUUUUUCGUGAUAUUUUGGACGAAUAAAAUGUAUCUUACUUAUGUAAGGAUUUUGACAAAGGUUUUAAUUUCAUAAUCUUUAAUUUCAAAGAAAUCAUGGUGUAGAUCCAACCACCAUACUUUAUUGUAGUUCGGAAAACAGGUAUGGAAAGUGGAGAUGAAGCUAGACAUAGAAGGCUAUUGCGACGUUUCAUUCUCAUACAAAGGAGAAAUAGAGCCAGAAACAAUAACCCAACCCAUGUCAUGGUCACAGAUUCUCGGCCAAGGCAUCUGCCAGUGAUUUGGCCACAGCACCCAAUGCCGUCAAUGAUGAAUGCAGUACAAAGAGUAGGUAUGGAUAAUGGAGAUGAAGCUAAGCAUAGAAGGCUCUUGCGACGCUUCAUUCUCAUACAAAGGAGAAAUAGAGCCAGAAACAAUAACCCAACCCAUGUCAGGGUCACAGAUUCUCGGCCAAGGCAUCUGCCAGUGAUUUGGCCACAACACCCAGUGGCGUCAAUGAUGAAUGCAGUAGAAAGAGCUCACCGCUCACUUACAUCAAGAGGAGAAACAAGUGCACCAAACAAUAAUGUUAUUGGUUCUGGUACACCUUCAAGACGACGUAGAAGGAGUGAGAAUAGAGAGUCUACCUCAUCUUUGCGGCGUAGACUAAAUUCUUCAUUACCACCUGAUGGUUCAAUGACUCCUACUACUGAAACUGAUAUCCAAAACACCAGAUCUCCUCAACCCAACUUGAACAGAGUGGGCAGCAACAUCUCAAGGAAUACACUAGAAGGGUCUGCAUCACACGCAUUGCAUCAUAGAAAGUACACCCGACCAUGGACCUUUGGUGGGCCUAAACACGUAUGUUCGCAUUGUGGUGCAAGAGUUUGGAUCCAGGAAAGAGUAAAGAGAGAAAAGAGAGUACUUGAAGUUGUUACUUGACCCUAAAACGGGCUCUCAGUCAAGAAAAUUCAAGGAAAGCAUUAGAUCUUACAACUCCAUAUUUGCAUUCACAUCAAUGGGUGGACAAGUGGAUAAGACAAUCAACAGAGGGAGGGGUCCAUAUGUCUUCAGAAUUAAUGGUCAGAAUCACCAUAAGAUUGGAUCUUUGCUACCACCAGAUGGGGCACAACCAAGAUUCACCCAACUAUAUGUUUAUGACACCCAUAAUGAAGUUGAGAACAGAAUCAACUCACUGACAAACAAUGCAGAAAGUGAUCUUGAUCCCAAAAUAGUGGACGGCCUUGCAAAAAUGUUAAAUCAACACAAUCCACUUGCAAAAGUCAUCAGAAUGGCCAGGGAACGCUACUCCAAUGUUGAAAUGCAACCUGUUCGGGUUCGUCUAAUUGGUACGCGAUCUAAGGAUGGCAGACAAUAUAAUUUACCGUCCACUAAUGAACUUGCAGCCUUGAUUGUAGGCAACGGUGAUUGUAACUCAAAACACCACUCUUGGAUAACGCCACACGAUCGAACCCUGAAGUGGAAAGUCACCUGCUAGCUAAAAGGCUAAUCCUGGAAAAAGCCACAGACACAACUACUGGAGUAGAAACACCACUCUUGGAUAACGCCACAGGAUCAAACACUACAGUGGCAAGGCACCUGCUGGAUAACGCAUCAGAAAAUGACACUAGAGUGGAAAGGACUGCAAGGAAGAGAAACAGAAAUGAAAUGGAGACAGACAAAGAAACAACUACAACCGCCAACCGUGAAAACUAAAACAAGCAUUGGUAAACGAAGACACAACCAUGCCAAGGGGAGAUACGGCCACAUUAAAUUAUGCACCAAAUAAGAGGAAUACCCUCAAUAAUUCCAACAAAAUCAACAUUAGUUUACUUUAUCAUGGUUAAGAUACAAUUUAGAAUUUGAGUACAGCUUCGACCAAAACUGAAAAAACAAAUGUACGUUUCCAGGGAAUUUCACUAUAUAAACAAGUUUAACAUUUUCAUUUA